AACCAUCGUCCUUCUUCCCCUCUAUCUCAUUCCCCGUCCACCUCCUACCAACAAGAUGGCAAACUGGAAAGAUGGUCUGCCGCUCAAGGCUGCCAAUGUCGUAGUCUACCUCAUCUUCCUCAGUGCAAACGGUUACGGAGCCCUGGGACCCAACGCAGCCAAAUGGGGUACUGGUGCCCAAGAGACUUUCAUCACUCCCGACAGCUGGCUGUUUGGUAUCUGGGGUCUCAUCCACUUCCUCCUCCUCGGUUUCAUCAUCUACCAAUUCCACCCAGCUGGAUACCAGCCCGUGAUUGAAGGUGUGGGCUGGAGAUUCCCCAUUCUCGCACUGCUCAACUCCGUCUACGCCACCUUGAGCUCCAUGGGCUCUCACCACUCCAAGACGGAUAGGAUCUGGGCUAUUCUGGCUUUCUUGGUCAUGCUGAUGAUUGCUGGAACUGUUAGCACCAUCUUCCACACACUCAAGACGGGCCACAAGAGCAAGAACCUCCUUGACACUCUGGUCAUCCACCUCCCCUUCUCCCUCUGGCACGGUCUCUCCGUCGUCCUAGCCGUUGUUGCUGGUUUCGCCGCCUUUGGUAAGGAUGCUCACAGCUCCAAGCCUGGAAUUGUGAGCGACAUCCUCGUCUUCCUCGGUCUGCUCUUCCUAGAGGGUACCAGCGCAGGUUACGCCCUCUACGGCGAGGGCGACAUUGCCUCGGGAGCCGUCAUCUCCUUGGCUCUCCUCGCCAUCUUCCAACACCAGACUCCUGGAAACGCAAACCGCUUCAUUCACUGGAGCGCACUCGUCUUCUUCUUGCUCUCGCUCGUGGCUGUGCUGAGGAGCUUGUUUGCAAUCAUCAAGGGAAGGCGCGCCACUGCUGAGGGAGAGAACGCUCCCCUUCUCGGCUAAAGAAAGAAGCAAAGGCAGCUCAUAGCAACAAGACUGCUUUGCGAAAUCGGAAGGUAUGAGAGGCAAGGCACGGGCUGUGAAUGUUAGCAGGAGAAGGGUGGAUUAUGUAGUGCUGAGGAGGAAGCUAUCGAAUUCUCUAUCAUAUGUCCCACUGUGCAAUAAACAGCUACGAUUUAAAUGAUUUAUCAGAGUUCGAUACGAAUGUCUU